GCCUCGUCCUUUCGGGCCUUGGAGCGGCCUCGCCUCGCCUCGCCUCGCCUCAUGUUCAGCUUCACCAACUCGAGGCGCACGGGGCUGCCGCGCGCCGUCCUGCGGUGGCUUCAGAGCCUCGACCUCACCGUCUCGCCCAGGCACUUCUGUCGGGAUUUUUCAAAUGGCUAUCUCAUUGCUGAAAUAUUCUCUUGGUAUUACCCAGAAGAUAUUCAAAUGCAUUCCUUCCAAAAUGGGACAUCGCUAGCUGUCAAACUCAGCAACUGGUCACAGCUUGGAAAGUUCUUUGCUAAAAGAAACCUGAAGCCCAUUCGAGAGUUAAUUGAUGGAACUAUACAUUGUAAACCAGGGGCUGCAGAAAUAUUUGUACAAGACAUUUAUACGAUGCUAACAAAUAGACGGAUAAAACACAUUCAGGAUGAAGAGAUCGAUUUUUCAGAUCAUCUUUAUCAGGAUAAGUUACCAAUGGUUGCCAGGUCAACUGCUUCAAGGGCUAUUAAAACCAAUAUUAAACUAACAGAAAUAAUGGUGGAGCCCAACAUCAACAAAAACAGACAGAAAGUUAAUGCCAUCAUCAACAUGCAUCUGCAGCGAAGACUUCUAGAGAGGGAACAGCAUCCAGAACGAUUUAAUAUUAAACCAACUCUGGGAGCACGUGCCAUUCGUCGUCCUUCUAUUAUGACUGAAAGCUCAAAUACUCUUCAAAGAGAGAAAUUUCCCUAUGUAUCAACAUCCACAGAAAUCAGAGGCAAAAUGGGCGUACAUUUCAAAACUAUUCAAGUGAAACAAGCUGAGAGAUGCCCCUUUGAUGUGAAUUUAAAUGUGGGUACCUACGUUAAAGGACUUCAAGUUGCCAGAGAGAUCUGAAGACUUGAUUCAAUGAAAUCUCUAUGACCAAGUUUCUGUACUGCAUGGGAAUCAAACCUGCACUUCACCAAUAUGCUCAAUUAAGCAUAAAUAAAUAAAUAAAGCUGUGACAUGUAAUGCAGAAUUCUUUUACAGGAAUCUUACCUUUUAGACACGUUCCAGCGGAGAUGUUUUUCUGCUUACAGAUACUAUCCUAUGUCUGUUCUUAUUAUCAUUUGGUAGUUGAAUAAAAAUAAUUCU